UCAAGAUUGGCGGAAGAGAGUAAAAGAAGAUGCCGGCUGGUCACGGUCUCAGGUCGAGGACGAGGGAUUUGUUCGCUCGGCCAUUCAGGAAGAAGGGUUAUAUCCCCUUGACAACUUACCUCAGGACCUAUAAGAUCGGCGAUUAUGUGGAUAUCAAGGUCAAUGGCGCCGUUCACAAGGGCAUGCCUCACAAGUUCUACCAUGGCCGAACUGGACGCGUAUGGAAUGUUACCAAGCGCGCCAUCGGUGUUGAGAUGAACAAGCAGGUGGGUAACCGCAUAAUCAGGAAGAGGAUCCAUGUGCGUGUGGAGCACGUGAUGCCUUCAAGGUGCACUGAAGAAUUCAAGUUAAGGAAGAUAAAAAAUGAUGAACUGAAGGCAGAUGCCAAGGCAAAGGGUCAGGUCAUAAGCACAAAGAGGCAGCCAGAGGGCCCAAAGCCAGGUUUCAUGGUAGAAGGUGCAACAUUGGAGACGGUCACUCCCAUCCCGUAUGAUGUGGUUAAUGAUCUCAAGGGUGGAUACUAGUUCUAUCACCAUCUCUUUUUGUUCUUUCCUGGUUCUUUUUUUGGUUCUUGUAGUUCUAAACUUUUAUGGACUCAUAUAAUGUUUCUUGAGUAGUGUUAUUUUUGAAGAGAGUACUUCAUGAAUUAGGGAUUAUUUGUAUCAUCUUUAAUGUUAAAACGAUGUUUUUCUUUGCAAAGUUAAUGUCUGAUGGGUUGCAGAA